AUGGAAAAGCUAUGUGGGGUCACAGCAGUACAUCUGGAACAGCUGCCGGGUGGAGCAGUGCAGGUGGUCACAGCAGAGGGGGUGGUACAACUGCCGGAUGGAGUAGAGCAAGUGGUCCCCACAGAGGAGGUGGUACAGCUGCCGGGUGGAGCAGAGCAGGUGGUCACAGCAGAGGAGGUGGUACAGCUGCCGGGUGGAGCAGAGCAGGUGGUCACAGCAGAGGAGGUGGUACAGCUGCCGGAUGGAGCAGAGCAGGUGGUCACAGCAGAGGAGGUGGUACAGCUGCCGGGUGGAGUAGAGCAGGUGGUCCCAGCAGAGGAGGUGGUACAGCUGCCGGGUGGAGCAGAGCAGGUGGUCACAGCAGAGGAGGUGGUACAGCUGCCGGAUGGAGCAGAGCAGGUGGUCCCAGCAGAGGAGAUGGUACAGCUGCCGGGUGGAGCAGAGCAGGUGAUCCCAGCAGAGGAGGUGGUACAGCUGCCGGGUGGAGCAGAGCAGGUGGUCCCAGCAGAGGGGGUGGUACAGCUGCCGGAUGGAGCAGAGCAGGUGGUCCCAGCAGAGGAGGUGGUACACUUGCCGGGUGGAGCAGAGCAGGUAGUCCCAGCAGAGGAGGCGGUACAGCUGCCGGGUGGAGCAGAGCAGGUGGUCACAGCAGAGGAGGUGGUACAGCUGCCGGAUGGAGCAGAGCAGGUGAUCCCAGCAGAGGAGAUGGUACAGCUGCCGGGUGGAGCAGAGCAGGUGGUCACAGCAGAGGAGGUGGUACAGCUGCCGGAUGGAGCAGAGCAGGUGGUCCCAGCAGAGGAGAUGGUACAGCUGCCGGGUGGAGCAGAGCAGGUGGUCCCAGCAGAGGAGAUGGUACAGCUGCCGAGUGGAGCAGAGCAGGUGGUCCCAGCAGAGGAGGUGGUACAGCUGCUGGGUGGAGCAGAGCAGGUGGUCCCAGCAGAGGAGGUGGUACAGCUGCCGGGUGGAGCAGAGCAGGUGGUCACAGCAGAGGAGGUGGUACAGCUGCCGGGUGGAGCAGCGCAGGUGGUCACAGCAGAGCAGGUGGUCCCAGCAGAGGAGGUGGUACAGCUGCCGGGUGGAGCAGAGCAGGUGGUCCCAGCAGAGGAGGUGGUACAGCUGCUGGGUGGAGCAGAGCAGGUGGUCCCAGCAGAGGAGGUGGUACAGCUGCCGGGUGGAGCAGAGCAGGUGGUCACGGCAGAGGAGGUGGUACAGCUGCCGGGUGGAGCAGAGCAGGUGGUCACAGCAGAGGAGGUGGUACAGCUGCUGGAUGGAGCAGAGCAGGUGGUUCCAGCAGAGGAGGUGAGGGGCCCACUGGCUGAACUGAACCUACUAUAAAAGUGGUUAAAUUCAUUGGCCUUGUCCACAUCGCCCACUGUCUCGCUAACUUUACUUUUGUAGCCAGUAAUGGUCUUCAUACCCUUCCACACCUCCCUUGUACUGUUACCCCGCAUAUUCCAUUGCAGACCCCUUCCAAAGUCUCUUCUGGCCGCCCUUAAACUCUUCCUCAACUCAUGUUGCACACUCCUAACCCUCUCACGGUCCCCAGAUUUGAAUGCCUCUUUUUUUAGAUUCAGGAGGCUCUUAAUGUUGCUAGUGAUCCAUGGCUUAUUGUUUGCAAAAGAGUGGACUGUUCUCAUGGGUACCACCACAUCAGUACAGAAGUUCACAUAAUCAGUAACACGGUCCACUAUCCCAUCUAUGUCAUUAUCAGCCUCUUGUGAGACAAUAAGUGUGUCCCAGUCAGUUGAUUCAAAACAAUCCUGUAGAGCUUCGAAGACCUCAGGAGUCCAUUUACGGAAAGAUCGACAGGUGGGAGGUAGUCUCAUUACACAAGGUUUAUAAUGUGGCUUAAGAUAAAUCAUAUUGUGGUCUGAUUUACCCAAAGGUGGCAUAGCCAGUGCUUUAUAGGCAUCUUUAACAUUGAUAAAACACAGAUCUAACGUGUUGUUAUAUCUGGUGGGGCAGAUGACAUACUGUGUGAAUCCCCCUAAAUGAGUGCUCAUGUCCACAUGAUUAAAAUCACCCGAUAUAAUAAUACAGGAAUCAGGGUGGGCGGACUGUACAUUCGCCACUGCCUCCUGAAUGACGUCACACGCGUACGUAGGCUGAGCGCCCGGCGGGAUGUAAACAAUAAUGGCGACGAUGUGGGAGAACUCCCUCGGCACAUAAUAGGGUCUCAAACCAACUACUAAAAGCUCUACUUCGCGAUGACAUACCCUCUCUUUCACAGUAAUAUGUCCGGAAUUACACCACUUCUCAUUCACAAGCAGAACGAGACCCCCACCUCUAGUUUUCCCACACAAUUCCGGAUUUCUAUCAGCACGUACCAUGGUGAAGCCGGUGAUGCUAACAGCAGAGUCCGGGAUGUCGUUAUUUAGCCAUGAUUCCGUGAGGAAAUAUAAACUGCCCUCUCGGUAAGUCCUGUCAUUCUUCAUCAGCCCUUCCAGCUCUUCACAUUUAUUAGCAAGAGAGUUGACAUUACCCAUUAUAAUGGAUGGUAGGAACGGCUUAUAUCUCCAUCUCCUAGCCUUUAGCUUCGCCCCAGCACGGCAACCACGGAAAGGUUUCCUAAGUUCAGGCGGUAUAGGGUGUUUAAUCCCACUCGAUUUAAGUCGUAACUGUAGAAGCUCCGCUCUAGUGUACUUAUACAGGCACAUACUCAGAGUAUAACCUACUCCAAACAAAAACAAAGUAAACACAUACACAAAUAUACGCAAAGAAAAUACGAGCUGUUUGGACUUGCUGCCACUGCGC